GAAAGCUAGCGCUAGGAGCCUAGCGGUAGCGGUAGGGUGUUUAAGAACAAAGACUCCGAACCAAAACCCGACGCGGCUAUACUAUUUUUUUUUAGUUGCUAGAAGAGUAGACGAGAGAGAUCAAACGGGCCGUGGAAAAAAAAAGAGGGUUUCAUUCGCGUGCGCCGAGCUGAUCUAUUUAGCUCGCGACGCGACGGGGAGCAUCUCGCCGCUCGAUUCGGGCGUCCCCGUGAAUUCCCCCGCAGCGAGCCGAGCAAGUGAGAAUUCGAAUUGGAAUUGGACUUGCGGCUGCUGCGUACGGUGGGCUGGAAUUCUCGCCGCCUCCCCGUGGAGGGUGAGAGGCCGUGGCGGUGGUUGCGGGCGGCGCGCCAGGAGCGUCGACGGCCUCGCGUCGCGUCAUUGGGUACGAAGCCGGCAUGGUCUGAGCGGUGGGCGGCCGCUGGCUGGAGGCAGCUCAGGCAGGUUGAUCCAGGUUUGAGCGCCUUGGGUUCCUGUUGGAUUUGCUGUUGGAUUUGCGGGGGCCGUGUUUAUGGGCGGCUAGAUCGGUGAUUCUUCAGCUGCUCCCGGUGUGAUGGCAGCUGACUCCAGCAUGGGGUUUCACCAGGGGAUCACCGCCUCGCUGUACAACCAUCACAUGCUCUCGUUCCAGUCCAACAGCGACGUCGGCAUCAGCGGCGGCGGCGGCGGCAGCGGCGACGCUACCGGUGGUAUGGUCAUGGCCCCGGGGAGUGUGAGUGGCGGCAGCAGCAACGCCGGGCUGUUCCUCUCCCCAAACACAGGGGUCAUCGGCAACGCGCCGGGUGUUGCCCCGUCAAGGACCUCGUCGGGGGAUGCGUUCCGUGGCACCGGGAUGCCCAAGUAUAAGUACGUCACUGGUCCUCCUUCCGAUUGGAGUGACCGUGAGGUAGCCAUACUGAAGGAAGGGCUUGUGAGAUAUGCUCGUGAACCUAAUAUCAUGAGGUACAUUAAGAUAGCAGCUAUGCUUCCUAACAGGACCAUCAGGGAUGUUGCGCUACGAUGCUGGUGGGCUACACAGGGUAAAGAGAGAAGGAAGAAACCUGAUGGAUUCUAUACAGGGAAAAAAGUGAGAGACAUGAAGCCAAUCCAGGACAAAAUGGUUGCAUCUGUCCCAAUAGCUAAUUUUCAAAUGACACCUACAACCAAUGUAACCCCCUUUUCAAUAUCAAUGCAACAUCCAAAUCAACAAAGUCAAGUUCACAAAGAAGCAGCUCCUGUUGUCGACAGUGCAACCCAGCAUCUCCUGGAGGAAAAUAAUCAAUUGCUUAACCAGAUUUCUGCAAAUAUUGAAACAUUCAAGACAGUGGAGAACACAGAUCUUUUUCUCCGCACGAGUAACAACAUCAAAACAAUUUUAAGCAGAAUGAGUGAAACGCCUGGUAUCAUGGGUCAGAUGCCUCCAUUGCCUUUAUCCAUAAAUGAAGACCAUAUAAAUUCACUUAUUCAACUGAACAGACUGGUUGCAUCAUAUGGUACGGCAAGCAUUUCUCAUCAUACGAAGCAAGAGCCAUGAAGCUAGUCUACCAUACCCAGGGAAAAAAAAGAGAGGACCAGAUGGCCGGACCUCCUGCAAUUCUGUAAACGUGCUGUUGAGGAAGGCUUACAUGUUGUUACUGACCAAGCGCCAGGGACAAUCACUCCUUUCCAGAUAAUGUUUUUGCAGUGAUCUGAUUGUUUCCAACCCGUCUGCCUGCCUGCCCACCAAUUGUUGAAGCAUUUGGAAGAAGUCUGCAGUUGUGGUGCGAGAGCCGCAAGCUAUUUGCUGCUGUUUCUGUUUGCAUUAUCCGGCAUAUAGACCAGAGUAUCAAGACACUUGAUCCUGGACUCCGCAAGUGAUUGUAAAUAUUGGAUGGCUGGAGGCGUUUCAUGUUUUGUUUCUCUGAUUGCUCAUGAAUGUAUUUCUUCUUUUUUUUUGUGUCCCCGGACAGGGUUGCAUUGCUCCCAAUAUGUAACUAUGUACAAUAGCCACUGCCCUAGACUGCUAGGUGUAGAGCGACUCCAUUUUCUGACUAAUUGGACACUGGAACCCAAACAUGUGUUGUCCAGAUGUUCUAAAUUCUUUCUUUCACCACUUCA